CCUCCAGUAAAGUCUCCACCAAAACCAUAUUACUAUAAAUCUCCUCCACCACCUUCCCCAUCCCCUCCACCACCAUACUAUUACAAGUCUCCUCCACCACCAUCUCCUUCACCACCUCCACCUUACUAUUAUAAGUCUCCACCACCACCCUCACCAUCUCCUCUACCUCCUUACUACUACAAGUCUCCACCACCUCCUCCACAUUAUGUCUCACCACCAUAUUACUAUAAAUCUCCACCACCACCAGCUAAAUCUCCUCCUUACUACUACAAUUCUCCCCCACCACCAGCUCCUCAUUAUCCUGCCCCUCACCCUUAUCCCCACCACCAUCCACUCAUAGUCAAGGUGGUUGGUAAAGUUUACUGCUACAGAUGCUAUGACUGGGGAUAUCCAGUGAAGUCACACGACAAGAAACAUCUCAAAGGUGCUGUUGUGGAAGUAACUUGCAAUGUCGGUGAAAAGAAGGUUAAGGCUUAUGGAAAAACCAAGAUCAAUGGAAAAUUCAGCAUCACAGUUGAAGGAUUUGACUAUGCCAAAUAUGGAGCCGAGGCAUGCAAGGCCAAGCUCCACGCCGCACCCAUGGGCUCACCAUGCAACAUUCCCACCAGUCUACACUGGGGCAACAAGGGUGCUAAGCUCAAGGUGAAGUCAAAGACCGAGGACGAGGUUGUGCUCAAGGCUAAGCCAUUUGCCUAUGCUCCAAAGACUCCUUACAAGGAGUGUGAAAAGCCGAAGCCAAAGCCCAAGCCUCCAACUCCGUACUACUAUACUUCUCCACCACCACCUACACCCGCUUAUAUCUACAAAUCACCACCUCCUCCACCACCAACAUACAUCUACAAGUCACCACCACCUCCAUCCCACCCAUACAAGCCACCAACUGAGCCACACAAACCACCACCAUACUAUUACAAAUCUCCACCUCCACCAUCACCCACCUACAUUUAUAAGUCACCACCCCCACCAACCCCCACUUACGUUUACAAAUCACCACCACCUCCAUCUCACCCAUACAAGCCACCAACUGAGCCAUACAAACCACCACCAUACUACUACAAGUCCCCACCGAGGGGAAAAGGAAAUAAAAUAAAAAAACCAAAAGAAUUGGCCAUAGCCCAAGUGAAGCAGGUGAACCAGCUAUUUGCAGCAGCUGGGAAGUCGUCAUCAUCAUCAUCAUCAGCUUGCCUCUCACUCUCCCAUUGGAAGCCUACAACUGACAAGUCAAAAGUUGACAGAGAGGGAAAGACAAAGAGAGAGAGAGUCCCCCCCAAGCCCACAUGGAGAACAAUUCCUUCUCCCAUGGCAGCUACUUUGAUAUAUUCCAUGGAGUGUCCAACUCGUUAUCCUACAAAAAGGGUCCCAUCAUGGCGAAAUAAAGCCUCCAAAUGCUCACAAUGCUCCACCAGCAAUAAUGCAUAUUGUUUCUACUGA